AUGCAGGUCUUGGGAGUGCGAGACCCGGUGAUGUGUCGCGCCUUCUUGCCCACGCUGAAAGGCUCGGCACAAAGGUGGUUAGUGGCGCUGCCUCCUAAGUCGAUUCACAGUUUCGAGGAGUUAGCCGACCGCUUCAUGAGCCAUUACGCGGCCAACAUCAAGCCACAGAAGGAUCUGACUCACCUGGGAGAUGUCCAUCAAGAGGAAGGCGAGUCCCUGAAAGCCUACUUGGUUCGAUGGCAAAAGGAGAUUCAGUCUAUCGAGGAGGUCGAAGAUCAGACCGCACUCACUUUUUUCAUCGAGUCUUUACGAUCCGGGCAGUUGUAUCUGGAUCUACGGGAUAACCGUCUGGCUACCUACGCGGAAGCCAUACACAUGGCCAAUAAAAGGGCUAACACGGAGCAGGUCAUGAAGCAUAAGCGACAACGCGAAGUCGGAGGAUCCAUCGGCGGAAAGAGGACCCGCGCGGAAACCAAAGAAAGGCGCCCGAAAGGGGCUCGGCGACCCGAGGCUAGACGUCCCUAUGACAAGCCUAUGGUCCAUCCCUACAGAGUGGUUCCUCAACACCCGGUGCACGAGGUUCAAGCGGUCGCUCCGCAUCCGCCUCCGCCGACCGACGAGCAUGUAGUGAGUGAAGAGACAGGUAAGAACUCCAAGUACUGCCGCUAUCAUAAAUCUUACACUCAUAGCACGGAAGAGUGCUUUUACUUGAAAAAGGUCAUGGAAAGAAUCAUCCAGCAAGGGACCCCACCUCCUAAUCAAUGGAGGCGAAGGUCAGUGGCACGAGAGGACGACGAUCCAACGGUCGCCGCCGAGAGCAGCCGCAGCAAGCGAUCGGCCACUGAGGAGGGCGAGGCCCAGUGGCGCCAGAAGCCCGUUAUUAACAUGAUAGUCGGUGGACCAGAGGGCGGCGACUCGGCGAAUACCAGAAAGGCCUGGGCUCGACAACUAUACGUCGGAACAGUAUAUGGGCGUGAAGAAAGCUCGAAGAAAGUGUGCCGAGAGCCGAUCACGUUCACUGACAAAGAUUUGCCCACGGGAGAAACAUCGCACCGAGAUGCGCUGGUCAUAGCGAUGGAUGUAAACGGUGUGGUCGUUCGACGAAUCCUGGUCGACACCGGAAGCAGUGUCAACGUACUAUACCUCGAGACUUUCGCAAAGAUGGGAUUGACUCGAGAACAGCUGAAUCCGGUCAAGACACCACUCGCCGGUUUCACGGGAGACUCGGUGGAAGCAGAGGGGUCCAUCAUCCUACCAGUGGAAGUCGGCAGCUAUCCCCGAUGUGCAGCAGCUCAGCAUGAAGUUCAUCGUGGUAAACUUAGUUUGCUCACACAAUGCAAUACUCGGCCGACCAGGCCUGGAGGAUUUGGGAGCACUGAUCUCCAUCGAGCAUCUUUGCUUGAAAUUCCACACGCCAAACGGAAUAGGAACGGUGCGUUGUGA